CACACACUUCGCUUCACCGUUGUUGCUUGGUUAUAAGCCCUAGCAUCAACGGAAAAGUGAAGCACUGAGAGCGUUUUGUGAAAAGUCAAUUUCUUGUGAAAACGAAAAAAAUUACCGCGAAAACCUAGCAUGUGCUGCUGAAGUCUCGACUCACGAAGGAUUGCCGGUCAAUUGCGGGGAGUAGCCAAAGAAGCCAGAAAGGAAAAGCAUCUGCACUGUUGCGUGGUCUGUGACCAGUAGCCUGGGCCAGCGGAGUCUCGGCCCUCUUUGGGUGGUAAACAAACACCCGGCAUUGGUACAGUCCCAGACAUAAACAUAUAAUAGACACGAUGUCGGCGCAGUCCGUCUACCUGAAGGUGACGCGGAUCUCUCUUCGCUCCGCCUCGAACCUCUCUAAGCGGCGCGUGGAUGAACUGAACUCGGGUAUUGGAGAGCUGCGGCGCCUGCUUUCCUGCGUUGUGUGCUGCCAACUGCUGAUGGACCCGUACUCGCCCAAGGGGAAGCGCUGCCAGCACAACGUGUGUAGACUGUGUCUGCGGGGCAAAAAGCGCCUAUUCCCCAGCUGCCCGCAGUGCGAGGAGUGCUCCGACUUUAAAACCUACGAGGAGAACCGGACGAUGGCCCUGCAGUUGCUUUGCUACAAGACGCUAUGCGUCCACCUGCUGCAAUCGUCGCUUUACGCCCAGUUGGCGGGACUGCGUCCCCAGAUGGGAGCUAGGGAGCUGGAGCUGCUGCCGCGCAUUAAGCUGCCGCCAAAGAGCACCCAGGAGUUCAUACGCGAGGGAUCCAACUACGACGACAUGCGUGAUACCUUCCUGCCGCAGCCGGACCUGCCGUUCCUGAAGGGCUUGCCCUCCUCGCUGCCCGCCGAGACACCGCCCACGACGGCGGCUACCACACCCGAGAUACCAUACGAGCAGCAUCUGCCCGAGCACCAUCAGCAGCUGUCCAUCAGCGACAUCGAACUGGAGGCAGCGGCCACAGCUGAGCAAGGUCACUUCUCGCCACUGCCCCUGCUGCCAACAGGCUCGCGCAUGGGUCUGCAGGCACAUUCAGCGCAGUUAAUCUUCACCAGCGGCACCACGGACACCACGGAGUCCGGCUUCAUGGAGCAAGCGUGGACCGGCCAAGUGGAUCUCUCCGAGGCCGUUUCGGUCUCCAGCUUUCCGAGCAACAACACAAACUUUGCCGUCUCCUAUCUGAUGCCUGCGGGAGCAUCCACGCCUUUCGAUGGGCAGGAGCUGCACAUUGGUCAGGUGGUGCAAAUCGGGGACUCUUCACAAACGGCUGUGCUCACAGCCAUCGCGGAGCCUGUAAGGGAGGAGGAGGAGGAGGAACACCCGCAAUUGGCUGUGCUACAAGACCUCGAUGAAAACGAGGAAGGCCUCAAUCAAUUAAAUAUUUUGACCGUCGAAGAGGAGCCUGAACAACUGGCUGUGCUAUCCGUUAAAGAGCAACUGAAAGAGCCUGAUCAGUUGGCUCUGCUCUCCGCCACAGAACAGCACGAGGAGCUGUCUGUGCUGUCGGACAAAGAGAAGCCCGAGGAGUUGACUGUGGCAUCCGUUGCAGAGGAAUCCGAUAAAUUAGCUGUCCUCUCCGGUACAAAGGAGCCCAAGGAGUCAGUAAAGGACCAAAGCGGCAAGAGGAAACUAGAUCAAAUUAAGGAAGAACAUGAGCACGAGGACAAAGAGGAGGCCACCCCAGAACCUGUGGUCAAGGAGCUCAAGAAGGAGGAGCCACAAGAGCAGGCAAUCAGCCACGAAGGCCCAGUUACCCGCAAGAGAGCACGCAGUCCCAAAAUCCCAGUUCAGAAAGUCGAAGAAGAGAAUAAAGCGGAGCCUAAAACAAAGCUGCAGUCGUCAAAGAGUGCCUUUCGCCGGGUUCGAGGCAAGGACAACGAGAAGGAGAGGCCGCCAAAGUCGAAGUGCCGUUGCGGUAUCGCCAAAACGGCCAAUCCUCUCACAACCUGCCGCACCUCGCGCUGUCCCUGCUAUAAGAACGGCAAUAGUUGCUCCGGCUGCAAUUGCGUUAGUUGCAAAAAUCCCCACAAGGUUGACUUUAUCAAAACUGAUGACGAGGAUGAGGAGGAGGAGGAAGCGGUAAAGAGCGAUGUGGAAAAGGACAGUGACCAGCAGAAAGCAAUGCCUGCUGCGCAGGAAGAGAGUUCCGAUGGCCCCCCAAGUCUGGUGCCCUGCAAUCUACAGCAGAAUCAGCAUCCGUUAGUGUUGGUCCUGAAUGAGAAUGGCGAGUACCAGGGCUUCAACAUCUUCCAGGGCAGCAAACCCGUUGACCCGGAAACUGUUGGCUUUAUACGCAUCCAACUGCAGAACAACAAUGGCAACAGCUCCAUUCCUCAAUAUGCCUACAUAAUGCCGCCGACAACACCUGCUGGUUCAGCUACAGCCCCAGUGCCAGCACCACCACCAUCGCCACCGCCACCACCUCCUCCAGCACCGGAAAGGGAAGUGAUUGAGCCACCGCCGAAGAAGUUCCGGACUGGCUGUAGAACAAGGCGAGGGAUGGCCAACUUCUCGGCCCUCGAUACAGUGGACGAGCUUGUCAGUGGCGGAUCUACGAGCAAUUCUGCCGCUGGCGACAGGUUGUCAGCCACUGACAAUGCCCACUCGCUGUUUGAGGAGAUCAUGUCGGGCUCGGAUGAUUUGUAA